UCGGCAUCGUUCAACUUCACUGCACACAGCGCCAACACAUAACUGGAACAUGAAUUAUUUAAAAGAUAUCAUCCUCAUGUCGGUGUUGGUAGUUUUAGUAGUUAACGGCACUCCCAUACCCAGCGUGCACUCCGAAGUCCUGACUUCGGAAUGGACCUCUGGAGAGGAACUCGCGAUAAACUCCUUCUCUACUAAACCCCGACCGUCCACGAAGUGGGAGCAAAUUAUCAAGAUGCUCGUUCACGAGGUCACCACAUUCCGAGAUCAACAGUUUGUGGAGGAGUUUCAGAUGCCUUUGGAAAAUAUGUCAUCGUUUGCAGAGCACCAGGUCCCAUCCAUCCCUCAACACCUCACCAAGACGCCCUGCUUCUCCAACUACAGCAAGGAGGCAUGUCUGCAGGAGAUCAGUCGUGGUCUGCAGGUGUACCAGGUUCUUCUCCAGCACGUUCAGACUGAAUACCCACAAUCCAACGUGAUCCCCAUGGUGAGGGAUCACGCCAAUGUCCUGAUAGGGCUGGUCAUAGGCAAGAUGAAGGCUGUUGUUGUAGAGAGCCUUCCUGCCAGCGAGAAGGAACAGGUGCUGGGUGAAGUGUCUACAGCGACUGAGUGGCAUAAGAAGACCAGCGUCCACGCCAUUCUGAGGGACCUCCGACACUUCUUGGUGGACACCAAGAGAGCACUCUGCCGAAUGGGGAAGAAGGGAGAAGGCUGCCAGUAA